GACGACCAUCGCGUUUUGCCGACCUAAAUUUAGAGAAAGAAAGGGCAAUCAAAGAUGGCGUCGCGCAUAGCAGCGGCUGCCACGGUUCGAGCUGUCAAAGGCAAAAGAACACUUCCCACAAGAGCUGCCCUCGUUCUCACGCCAAAUGCGAUCAAAAAGAUUAAAGAGAUUUUGCACGAUAAAACAGAAUAUAUCGGCUUGAAGGUAGGCGUGCGGCAAAGAGGUUGCAAUGGGCUUAGUUAUACACUGGAUUAUGCAAAAGAAAAAAGCAAACUUGACGAGGAAGUCAUACAGGAUGGUGUGAGAGUAAUAAUCGAUCGAAAAGCUCAGCUAUCCCUCCUGGGAACUGAAAUGGAUUAUAUAGAAAAUAAAUUAAGCUCAGAAUUUGUUUUUAAUAAUCCAAACAUCAAAGGCACAUGCGGAUGCGGAGAAAGUUUCUCCGUUUAGUUCAAUUUCAAUUGUCGUCAUUAUGUGAUGUAAAAUAUUUUCACUAUCACCGCACAUUGCUCAGUUUUCAUAGAUAAACUAUAAUUGAAUGAUCGUUUUGGUAUAGAUAGUGUUUGCGGCAUUAAGUAAAUUCAAAGAAUUUUUGGUUUUUAUUUCGAUUGUACACUAAGCUUCAUCUCGUACAGGUCGCAAUAUUCUUCAAGAUGAGAAAACGAUAUCUUCGAACAACGGAUCUCUCUGUAUUUGAAUAAAUAGCGAUGUGAAUGUAGUAACAUUUUCACUAGACGGUGCAUUGAGGAGGAAUUUUGAAGUCUCUCGUGUAUUGAAAAACAUUCGGUGUUGAUUUAUAAUAUGAAUAUACGCCGAGUAUUUUUCUAUGCAACAUCGAAAACUCAGUAAAUGUACAAAGUAGAUAAUAACAAAUUUUAUGUAUAAUGUACUGUAGUUCGUAAGAAUAAAAUAUAUGAAAGAAUAAA